UUCACUGUCAUGGCGCGCGUUGACCCUACUUUACGAGCAGUCGUUCUUGCCCUUCGAAGCCGUAUUGGAGGCAAAACGGCCGACGAGGUUGCGCAAGCCCUGGGAAUACCCAAACGUACAGUCAACUAUAUUCUCGCGCGCGCAAAAAAGCAUGGCUUUGACCCAACCGCUCAUACCUUCUCUUUGAAACCCGAAUACAUCGACGACGCCCCUCGUUCGGGCCGUCCAAGGAAGGCUACAUCUGCUGUGGCUGACCCUGUCGUGUAG